UAGUUAUUUUUCUUAAUUUUCAGGGAGUGUUUGGAUUGUAAGCUAUUUCGGAACUCUUCUUAGGACUCAUUAUUUUAACAUUGGAAGAAACACAUGCAGAAGAUGCACACUUGACUGAAGGAGGACCGGGGAAUCUGAAGACUCUAGAUGACAUCAGAGCUACUUUCCAACAGCCUUCUCAAUUUUCCUUCUCAGAAAGCAGAGGCUCAAACCAGGAAGCGAGUGAAUACUGGUAUUUGCUUGUAAAUGGGGAACAAAAGAUGAAGAAGGAAAAUCAGUGUAUUCACUGAGGAUUAUAUCUGCCUGCUGCUACAGAUCUAUGUGCUAAAGAAUUAUUCUUCUUACAUAAAAGUUGGUCAGCUCAGUGGUCAAACUGCGUUGGAGUUUUCCCAUCUAUAUCUCGUCACUACCAGAAGUAAUCCUGGUCAGAAUGUAACAGUACAUCUCCACCUAACUGCUAUGGAAGGUGAUAAACUGACACUCGCUUAUUAAAGUUACAUCUCACCACAGAAAACCAUUCUUUAAAGUGAAUAGAAAUCAAGCCCCUGUGAACACUUCUAUUGAACAUGACUCAUGGAGAAGAGCUUAGCUCUGAUGUGCACCAGGAUUCUAUUGUUUUAACUUACUUAGAAGGAUUACUAAUGCAUCAGGCAGCAGGGGGAUCAGGUUCUGCCAUUGACAAAAAGUCUACUGGGCGUAAUGAAGAAGAUCAGAACUUUAACAUAUCUGGCAGUGCAUUUCCCACCUGUCAAAGUAAUGGUCCAGUUCUCAAUACACAUACAUACCAGGGAUCUGGCAUGCUUCAUCUCAAAAAAGCCAGACUGUUGCAGUCUUCUGAGGACUGGAAUGCAGCAAAGCGGAAGAGGCUGUCCGAUUCCAUCGUAAAUUUAAAUGUAAAGAAGGAAGCUUUGCUAGCUGGCAUGGUUGACAAUGUGCCUAAAGGCAAACAGGAUAGCACAUUACUGGCCUCUUUGCUUCAGUCAUUCAGCUCUAGGCUUCAGACCGUUGCUCUGUCACAACAAAUUAGGCAGAGCCUCAAGGAGCAAGGAUAUGCCCUCAGUCAUGAUUCUUUAAAAGUGGAGAAGGAUUUAAGGUGCUAUGGUGUUGCAUCAAGUCACUUAAAAACUUUGUUGAAGAAAAGUAAAGCUAAAGAACAAAAGCCUGAUACCAAUCUUCCUGAUGUAACUAAAAACCUGAUUAGAGACAGGUUUGUGGAGUCACCACAUCAUGUUGGACAAAGUGGAACAAAGGUCAUGAGUGAGCCCCUGUCAUGUGCUGCAAGACUGCAAGCUGUUGCAAGCAUGGUAGAAAAAAGGGCUAGCCCAGCCACCUCACCGAAACCUAGUGUUGCUUGUAGCCAGUUAGCAUUACUCCUUUCAAGCGAAGCCCAUUUGCAGCAGUAUUCUCGGGAACAUGCUUUAAAAACCCAAAAUGCAAAUCAAGCAGCAAGUGAAAGACUUGCUGCUAUGGCCAGAUUACAAGAAAAUGGCCAAAAGGAUGUUGGCAAUUUCCAGAUCUCAAAAGGAGUAUCAAGCCAUCUUAAUGGUCAGGCAAGAACAUCCUCGAGCAAAGUAAUGGCUAGCAAAAGUAAUACCACAACAUUUCAAAAUCCAGUGGGUAUUGUUCCUUCUUCCCCCAAAAAUGUGAGCUAUAAGAACUCACUGGAGAGAAAUAGUAUAAAACAAACUGCUAAUAAUAGUUUGCUUUUACAUCUUCUUAAAAGCCAGACCAUACCUAAGCCAAUGAACGGACACAAUCAUAGUGAGAGGGGAAGCAUUUUCGAAGACAGUAGUACACCUACAACUGUUGAUGAAUAUUCAGAUAACAAUCCUAGUUUUACAGAUGACAGCAGUGGUGAUGAAAGUUCUUAUUCCAACUGUGUCCCUAUAGACCUGUCUUGCAAACACCGAAUCGAAAAACCAGAAUCCGACCAACGUGUUUCUCUGGAUAACUUAACUCAGUCCUUACUAAACACCUGGGAUCCAAAGGUCCCAGAUGUAGAUAUGAAAGAAGAUCAAGAUACCUCAAAGAAUUCUAAGCUGAAUUCACACCAGAAAGUAACACUUCUUCAAUUGCUACUUGGCCAUAAGAAUGAAGAAAGUGUAGAAAAAAACACCAGCCCUCAGGGAGUACACAAUGAUGUGACAAAGUUCAGUGCACAAAAUUAUACAAGGACUUCUGUAAUAGAAAGCCCCAGUACAAAUAGGACUACUCCAGUGAGCACUCCACCCUUACUUCCAUCCACCAAAGCAGAGUCUCCCAUUAAUCUUUCUCAGCACUCUCUGGUCAUAAAAUGGAAUUCUCCACCAUACGCCUGCAGCAGUCAGUCUGAAAAGCUAGCAAAUACGGCGUCUAACCACUUGAUGGACCUCACAAAAAACAAAGAAUCAAAAGGAGAGAAACCAGCCACAACUGAAAGUGCACAAAACUCUGCAACUUUCAGUGCCAGUAAGCUGUUACAAAAUUUAGCGCAAUGUGGAAUGCAAUCCUCCAUGUCAGUGGAAGAACAGAGACCCAGCAAACAGCUAUUAACUGUAAACACAGAUAAACCUAUAGGUGUGAUUGAUAGAUUAAAUAGCUCUCUGCUUUCAAACAAAACAAAUGCAGUCGAAGAAAAUAAAGCAUUCAGUAGUCAACAAGCAGGUCCUGAAGCGGGACUUUCAGGCUCUGAAAUAGAAAAUCUGCUUGAAAGACGCACUGUCCUACAGUUGCUCCUGGGAAACCCCAACAAAGGGAAGAGUGAGAAGAAAGACAAAAUUCCUUUAAGAGACGAAAGUACUCAGGAACAUACAGAUAGAGCUUUAAAUGAACAAAUACUGAUGGUGAAAAUAAAAUCUGAGCCUUGUGAUGACUCAAAUAUUCAUAAUACAAAUGUGCACUUGAGCCAUGACACUAAGGGUGCUCCAUUCUUAGGUAUGGCUCCCACCAUGCAGAGAAGCGCUGCCGCCUUACCAGUAUCCGAGGACUUUAAAUCAGAGCCCGCUUCACCUCAGGAUUUUUCUUUCUCAAAGAAUGGUCUGUUAAGUCGAUUGUUGAGACAAAAUCAAGAGAGUUAUCUGGCAGAUGAUCCAGACAAGAGUCACAGAAAUAGUGAACUGACACUUUUGGAAUCAAAGAAUCUUUGCAUGGUCCCUAAGAAAAGGAAGCUUUAUACUGAGCCAUUGGAAAAUCCAUUUAAAAAGAUGAAAAAUAACAUCGUUGAUGCUGCAAACAAUCACAGUGCUCCGGAAGUACUUUAUGGGUCCUUGCUUAACCAGGAAGAGCUGAAAUUUAGCAGAAAUGACCUAGAAUUUAAAUACCCUGCUGGUCUUGGUUCAGCCAGUGAGAGUGAACAUAGGAGUUGGGCCAGAGAGAGCAAAAGCUUCAAUGUUCUGAAACAGCUGCUGCUCUCAGAGAACUGUGUGCGGGAUUUGUCCCCACAUCGGAGUAACUCUGUCAUUGAUGGUAAAAAGAAAGGACACAAAAAUAAUGUGACCAGUAGCAAACCUGAGUUCAGCAUGUCCUCUUUAAAUGGUCUGAUGUACAGUUCCACUCAGCCCAACACAUGCAUGGAUAGCAGGACAUUUUCAUACCCAGGAGUAGUAAAAACUCCUGUAAGUCCCCCUUUCUCUGAGCACUUGAGCUGUGUGGGGUCUAGGUCUGAAACUGGGCUUUUGAAUGGGUGUUCUUUGCCCAGUGAAAAGGGACCCAUUAAGUGGGUUAUCACAGAUGUGGAUAAGAGUGAGUAUGAAAAAGACUCCCCAAGACUGACCAAAACUAACCCAAUACUGUAUUACAUGCUCCAGAAAGGAGGCAGUUCUGUUACCAGUCGAGAAACACAGGACAGGGACAUUUGGAGGGAGCCUUCCACUGCCGACAGUGUCUCACAGGUUACAGUCAAAGAAGAGUUACUUCCUGCUGCAGAACCUAAAGCUUCUUUCUUUAAUUUAAGAAGCCCUUACAAUAGCCAUAUGGGAAAUAAUACUUCUCGCCCACACAGCGCAAAUGGAGAAGUUUAUGGACUUUUGGGAAACGUGCUAACAAUAAAAAAAGAAUCAGAAUGAAAUGUACCUGCCAUCCAGCUCUGGAUCUUUUAAAAACUAGUAUAAACUUGAGAUCUGUAUAAAUAAGAGCAUGAUUUGAGAAAAGCAUGGUAUAAAUUGAAACCUUUUUCAUUUUGAAAAGUAUUGGUUACUGGUGAUGUUUAAAUAUGCAUACUAAUUUUUGCUUAACAUUAGAUGUCAUGAGGAAACUACUGAACUAGCAAUUGGUUGUUUAACACUUCUGUAUGCAUCUGAUAACAACUGUGAGUAGCCUAUGAAUGAAAUUCUUUUAUAAUCAUAAAUAAUAGGCAUAAAUUAAAACAUAAAAUUCCAUCCAUAGUGGAUUAAUGCAUUUUACUGCCUUUAAUAGGAUACUUUAUUUUGCUUUUCAGAAGUCAGCCUACAUAACACAUUUUUUAAAGUCCAAACUGUUAAAUAACUCUUUAAAGGUUAAUUUUCCAAUAAAAAAAAAAGAAUGCUGAGUCACAUCUCAUUAUCCAAUUCAAAAAUAAAUUAGAAAAGAUGUGCUUACAUUUUUCACUUUUGCUAAAAAACAUAAUUUAUUUUUAACUCUUGGAAGGGGUUUUGUGAUUCCAAUGUGUCUGUCCCACCCCAGUCGUUUUCAAUAUAUAUUUCUUUAAACCUUGUACUACUUUAAAAAUCGAUUACAAUUGAGGGAAGUUUGAUAGAUUCUUUAAAAAAAAAUUAAAAAGGCAGAUUUCCAUUUUUGUAUUUUAACUACUUUACUAAAUUAAUGCUCCUUUUACAGAAUUAGAAAAGUUAACAUUUAUCUUCAGGUGGUUUCCUGAAUAGUUGAAUAUUUAAGAAAUUGUUUUUAGCAAACACAAUGGCUUUUCUUUGGACAGUUUUCCUCAUCUCUUGUAAAAGUUAAUUCUCACCAUUCCUGUGGUACCUGUGAGUUUUAUGAUGAGGAUUUCAUAAAGCUGGACUCAGACCACCUGCAUUAGAAUCAUCUGGAGCACUUAUUCUAAAAUGCAGAUUAAUAGGCAGCUUCUCAGAUCUGCAGAACAAGAGUCUCUGCUAGUGGACCUGGGAAUCCUCCAUCUGCAUCUUAAAGUGCCUUCUAGGUGUUUCUUCUGCACACCGAAGUCUGAGAAUCAUUGCUUAUGACUUUACUCAGAAUAUGGGACUGUAAAAAAUUAUUUAAAAAAAUUAUUUGAUGCCUCUAUUUUCCCCAGUACAGUCACACAUGACUCAAAAUUUGCAGUAUUGUAGUUCAUAUAUUACCGUUAAUGUCUUUGAAAAUCGGGUUCAGAAUACUUUUUAUGACAAAAAAAAAUGUGGGUAGAGGGGACAAUUUUCAUAUCUGGCUCAACAUCUCAGGAAAAUCUGUGAUUGUUUAUGUGUUCUAAUGAGUAACAUCUACUUAAUUAGCCUUAGGGGUGGAAUAACAGGGCCACUUACCAAACUCAGGUGAUUCCAGGAUGGUUUGGAAACUUCUGAAUACAUCCUUAACGUCUAUUAAAAACCAUUGUCCUAAGAAUAGUGCAGACAGAGAUCAAAACAUUUAAUUCAAACCCAAGGAAGGCACUAAACUUAGAUUGAUUAAACAAAAAAGUACAAAGGGCACAUAAAUAUGACAGAAUUAUACAUAGUCACUCCAUUGAAUCUGUUACUUUAAAAUAGUGAUUAACAGUAAACAUCGAUACUGUCUUGAAAGAACCUAAUAUGUUAUUGAUCCACAUGGGGUUUUGAUCUUGAAACAAAUCUGUUUUCUGUUUUUAAGUUCAGUUUUUAUGAUCAACAGUUCAUUCAUCAGAUAAUAUUUUGUUUUUAAUUGUGAACCAGGUUAGCAGCUGACCUAUCAAAAAUUCAUUUUAUAAUCAACUAGUAAUUAGAAGGCAAUUCAUUUGAAGUUGUUCUACUUGAAGUUGUUUCUAAAAUAUUUAUAUUAAAAUGGGUGUUAUUUCCUAAUAUGAUCCAAAGCUCUAAAGAGCUAUUUUGUUUUCAAAUGGUUCGUAAGUAGUUACUGGAUAUAUUACAUGCUAAUAAGGAGUCAAUAUUACUUUACAUCAUGUUAAGGUGAAGGCGUAUGCUUAUUCUGACAUGAAAAUUCUGUGACCAGUGGAAAUAUUCUGCUCCCUGUCCACACUGUGACAAUCUUGUCUACACUAUCUAUUAAACAAGUCAUUUUUUCCGUCAUGGCAAAAGGUCUGGAGGUAGGUCAGAGUAAAUUUGGUAUUCUCCCUUGGUCAGGGGGAAAUGGGCUUUUUACAAGGCAGUGAAAUUUGGGUCAGAGAAAACAUCAUCAAGGGCCAGCAUUGCCGUUUAUUUGAUUUUUUUUUUUUUGGUUGGUUGGUUAUUUUUCUUGUUCUUAACAGUUAAAGGAAUGAGAAUAUGCAAUACAUAAAUAAAUCUGAUCAUAGAGAAUGCUGUUCUGAUUUACUAGAAAAUGGCCCCAGUUUGAGUUUAGGGUGAUUUCAAAGAAGAGCAGUGAGAAAGGGCAUCCAUCCACAAAUUCACUUUGUUUAUGCAUAUGUAGAUAUGAGGAUGCACAUAUACACAUUUUUCAAAGACUAUUUUAGAUAUCUAGACAAUUUCUUCCUAAUAAAGUCAUUUGUGAAAGGGUACUACAGCUCUCAUUGACAUCAGUAAGGUAGCAUUACCUGUUUAUUCUCUGCUGCAUCUUACAGAAGAGUAAACUGGUGAGAGUAUAUAUUUUAUAUAUAUAUAUAUAAUGUGUGUGUAUAUAUAUAUAUAUAUAAUCGACUUGUUACAUGAAGAUGUUAAAAUUGGUUUUUAAAGGUGAUGUAAAUAAUGAUUUCCUUAAUGAAAAAUACAUAUUUUGUAUUGUUCUAAUGCAACAGAAAAGCCUUUUAAUCUCUUUGGUUUCUGUAUAUUCCAUGUAUAAGUGUAAAUAUAAUCAGACAGGUUUAAAAAUUGUGCAUGUAUGUAUACAGUUGCAAGUCUGGACAAAUGUAUAGAAUAAACCUUUUAUUUAAGUUGUGAUUACCUGCUGCAUGAAAAGUGCAUGGGGGACCCUGUGCAUCUGUGCAUUUGGCAAAAUGUCUUAACAAGUCAGAUCAGAUGUUCAUCCCAACAUGACAGUAUUCCAUUUCUGGACAUGACUUCUGUGGUUUAAACUUUGUGAAAGAAUGUUCUUUGAAUCCAAGGGUCUUAAUUUUUUUUUUUUUUUAAAUUAAGUCAACCACUUUUCAGCAUAAGGAAUUCACACAACUGCUUUCAUGGAUUUUUAAAUCCCAUCGGAAAUAUAAUAUUGUACCAGGAGUAUUUCCAUAUUAGCAAAUACUGGAAUACAGGCACAGUACAUGGUAACAUUUCUGGAGUUUACACAACCAAUUUUGAUGCGAUCUGUUCAAUAAUAUAAUUUGCCAUUUUUAUUAGACAAUUAAUUUCUUCAUGUGAUGUCAUGAAACUGUAUAUACUGCAGUGUGAAUUUUUUGUUUUGUUUUUUAAUCUUUUAGUGUUUACUUCCUGCAGUGAAUUUGAAUAAAUGAGGAAAAAAAUGCA